AUGGGCUACGCAACAGGUGCGCCACGUCAGUCUUCCACACAAACGGGCGGAACAUCUGGCACGCGCCGCGAGCGUGCCAGAACGGGCAAGGAGUGCGCUGAAUCUCCCGUGGGUCGUCAUGAUGACGUGUCAGCUGACAGCUACUCGGAGGAUGAGCACAGCCGGACGAGUAGAGCUCCCGGUAGAGGUGGCGGGAGAGCCGGCGGCAGAGGCGCUAGCAGUAGCGGCAACGGUCGGGAGAAGGUAGCAGCAGGCAGUGGAAGGGACGGUGUAGACAGAGCGGACCGCCAUGACCGACGGCCAAGCGAGAAGUGCCUGGACGACGAUAGUACUGAGUACGAGAGUAAGGACGAGCCUACUGAUAGCUGUACUGACGACGACUUUAGCGAGAACGAAGAAGCCAGUGAUGCCAGCGACAAUGACGGCAGCGAUGUUGACGGCAGCGACAAUGACGGCAGCAGCAAUCGCUCGUCGCCUCGAAGCAGCGACAGAAGCCACACAAGGACACGGGCAUCCGCUGCGUCAGUGGACUAUUCGCAGAGAGCGCCAGCGGGACACUACGCCGCGGAGCACGAGCAGCAGCAUCACCACCAGCACCGCCAACAGCGCAUCAACGCACCCCCGCCUCCGCAGCAUAAGCGCUACGCAUCCGCCGCCGCCGUCCCCACGAAGAAUCGCUCCGUUAGUCUUUCCGCGGCGUCGUUAGACCACGCAGCCGCCUCGAUCGCCGGCGCUUCUGUCGGCGACGAGCCCGCGGAGCUAAUGCAUGGUAGCAACGCCUCGUACGCCGGUACUGGCGGCGGAAAUUGCGGGGCGCGGUUGCCCGCGGGGAACGCUGCGGGUGGGCGGCUGGCUUCCAACCAGGCGCGGUCAAUGCGCAAGUGCAUCAGCGGGGAUCGCGCUACUAUGGGGAGCGGUUCGAUGGAUCUAGACAGGUGCAAGCAGGGAGGGCCGGGGAUUGCCCCUCGUGGUGCUGCUGGUGCUGCAGGGGGGUGUAACGCGCCGCGGCCUAGUGGUAAUCAGUCUUGUAACCAGCCUGGUAACCAGCAGUGCGCACAGCCAGUGAGGCAGAACGUUCGUCCAUCUGUGAUUGCACGAAGCAUGAGCGUUCCAGACGAAGAGCUGGAGCGAAUCCCACAAGGUGGUUACCAGCAGCAACACGGUCCCAGCCAUGGGCAGGGGUAUAUCCACGGGCAGAUGAACGGGCAGCCGGAAUACGCCUAUCGCCAGCCCGGACCAGGGAAACUUCAAAUGAAAGCCCUCCGCCGUGCACAGUCUGGACGUCUCAACCCUAGUAACGGAUCUGCCAAUAACGGAUCACCUUCCACCAGCAGCAGCAGCCGAACUGCAAUGCCACGGUCCAUGUCAGCUAAAGCGCCCUCGCCCACGCCGCCCUACCUUCCGAACGGAAUAAUUGAUCUGUACCCUGUAGAGCCCCUGUCUCCCACCGAAAUCCAGACUCCUGUAGGCGCUCCCCCUGCUAGGAGGGACUUUCCCUCCCUGCCCAUGCUCGACAUUCCCUGGUGCUCUGCUGAUAGCCCCCGCUCCCCCCCCAAACCCAUAAACGUCGGCCCGCCUCUCCGAAGCUGCAGCUUAGGCCCGGCAUCCGGAGCAGCGCAGCAGGUGCGGGCUGGGGGGCGGAUUGGGAUGAAGGCAGGGCAGGGCAUGGGGGCGGGCGGUGGGGAUGGUGGUGGGGGGAGGGGAGGGGGAGUGCCUGAGAGGAGUAUGAGUGUGGAGAGGCGGGUGAAGGCGCAGGCUGCUAGGAAUGCGGUGCGUGUGGUGGAGCUAGGUGGGCCUACAGAGGGGUUGCCUGCACCACAUGCUGUGGCGGUAACAGCAGCAGGCGCACUAGCAGGGACAGGUGGGGCAGCAGGGGAGAUGGGUGCAGUGGCAGUGGCAGGGGCAGGGGCAGGGGCAGGGGCAGGGCAUGGAAAGAAGGGCCACUUGAGAGGAUUCUUUGCAAGCUGGGGCGGGCACUAG